AUGGGCCAAGGCUUCUCUCUCGCGACGCCGUAUGCUGGCUCGGCCAGCAUCGAUGUUCCUGAGCUGUCUGACCUUGUGUACGAGCGGAGCCUCGGCACGGCGCGCUUCAUGAAGAGCGUCCGCGCACGACACCACGAUGGCGUCGUGUUGGUCAAGGUCCUGGCCAAACCCUACACACCCCUGUCGCUCGACCAGUACAAAAAGGAGCUCAUCGCUCAGCGAAAGGCCCUCGCCGAAGUCCCAAACGCACUCCCCUUUCAACGCAUCAUCGAAACCGAGACGAACGGCUACCUCGUCCGUCAGUUUCUCUACAACUCGCUGUACGACCGCAUGAGCACGAGACCCUUCCUCGAAGACAUUGAGAAGAAGUGGCUCGCCUUUCAGCUGCUCUGCGCCCUGCGUGACUGCCACGCACGGGACAUCUACCACGGCGACAUCAAGUCCGAGAAUACCCUUGUGACGUCUUGGAACUGGCUGUACCUGACUGACUUUUCCUCGCCCAUCAAACCAAUAUUGCUUCCCGAUGACAACCCCGGCGAUUUCUCGUACUACUUUGACUCCUCUGGACGGCGGACCUGCUACUUGGCGCCCGAGAGAUUCGUUGCGCCGGAUGACGUGGGCACGAAAGAGGCCAAGCUCACCUGGGCCAUGGAUGUCUUCAGCGCCGGUUGCGUCAUCGCCGAAGUCUUCCUCGAAGCGCCCAUCUUCACCCUGAGUCAAAUCUACAAGUUCCGCAGGGGCGAGUAUGACCCGGUCAUCUCGCAGAUAAGCCGCAUACCGGACAGGGACGUUCGGGACAUGAUAUCGAGCAUGGUGCAACUUGAUCCUGAGAGACGAUACUCAGCGGAGCAAUAUCUCGACUUCUGGAAGGGCAAGGUCUUUCCAGAGUAUUUCUACAACUUUCUUCACCAGUACAUGGAGCUGGUCACGGACCCUUCUUCGGGCAACAGCCCGAUCUCUGGCGCGUCCAGAAACCUUGGCGAGGCCGAUGACAGGAUAGACCGCAUUUUCCUCGAUUUUGAUAAGAUUUCAUAUUUCCUCGGUUAUCAACCUGGCAAGCGCGACACCCAGGUCGUACCCCUGGCGAGCAAGCUCGGCCUCGGGCAUUUCCCAGUUCGACUCAACAUUCCGAACCAUGAGCAGUACGUGACGGGCAAUCCGGAUGGUCCCAAAAAUGACGGCACCCUUAUCUUCUUGACUCUUGUCGUGUCGAGUAUCAGGCAUACGGCUCGCGCGGCUUCCAGGGUCCGGGCGUGCGAUAUCCUGCUUGCCUUUGCUGAGCGAAUACCCGACUUGGCCAAGUUGGACCGGGUGCUGCCGUACUUGGUGCUGUUGCUCGGUGACAAGUCGGACCUUGUUGUCAUCGCGGCGACUCGGUCGAUCACGCAGCUUCUGCAGCUUGUGACAGCCAUUUCCCCUGUCAACGCGCAUGUGUUCAUCGAGUACAUUCUUCCGCGCUUCCAGACUUCGCUUCUCGGCCCCUCCCCACCCGUGAGCCCACUCGUGCGAGCAACGUAUGCCUCGUGCCUGGGAGGCCUCGCGUCGACUGCAUUGCGCUUCCUUGAGAUGGCGGCGACCUUGAAAGCCAACGGUGCUCUGACUGUGGCUGAUCCUGAGGUGGAACCAGGCAAAGAAGCAGAGGUAUUGGCUGAUAAUCUCUUCGAUGAUGCUCAGCGCGAACUCUUCUCCAUGUUCGAAGCACACACGAAAACACUCAUCGAAGACACGGAUGUCUCGGUCCGGCGCGCCUUUUUGACAUCGGUUCCGGAGCUGUGCAUCUUCUUCGGCCCGGCUGAGGCCAACGACAUUCUGCUCACCCACCUCAACACAUACCUCAACGAUCGGGACUGGAAACUGAAGUGCGCUUUCUUCGAUGCCAUAGUGGGGAUCUCGGCGCUUGUCGGCAGCGUCAGCCUCGAGGAGUUCAUGCUGCCCCUCAUGGUGCAGGCGCUGACCGACCCCGAGGAGUUUGUCGUGCAGUCCACUCUCCACUGCCUGGCGCAGCUGGCUAAUCUCGGGCUCUUGUCCCGGGCGAGGUUGUGGGAGCUGAUCGAUAUUAUUGGCAGAUUUACAAUGCACCCAAACCAGUGGAUUCGCGAGUCGGCGUCAGAGUUCCUCUCGCAGGCGUCCAAGUCGCUGUCGCCGGCCGACAUCAUCGGUAUCGUGCUGCCGCUCAUUCAGCCGUAUCUGAAAACAGACAGGAUACCGGCAUUCGGCGAGCUCGAGCUAUUGGACACCUUGAAACGACCGCUAUCCCGAGCUGCGUUCGACCAGGCUUUGAGCUGGGCGCAGAAGACCAAAAAGAGCAAGUUCUGGACGCCGUCGCAGGAGCUGCGUCCCUCAGUAUCUAGCUCGUUGCCCACCAGCCUUGCGACCAAGUCGUCCAAGGACCUGCACGUCAAUACACUCAGGCAGUCAGCGAGGACGAUGGAAGAUGACCAGUGGCUGGCGAGGCUGAAGAACCUUGGCUUGAGCCACGAAGAUGAGUUCAAGCUCGUAGCGUUGCGAGACUUUAUCUGGCGGCUCAGCCGCACAAAGACCGGCAUUGAGAGUCCCGGCGAGCCCACCACGACUAACGAAGUGGUAUCCCUCCAGAGCCUCGGCAUCACCCGUCAGACGGUCUUUUUUGACCAAGAGCUACCUCCGCAGCUGCCGGAUACGCCUGAGCCGGUCAAGCAAGGGCCCUACACUAUUGCGGACGCACUGCUCGAUGCGUCCAUGACGAUCAACGACUCGGCGAGUAAGAGACGCCUGGCUACCUUGAACAGCUUGAGGACACGUGUGGUUGAAGGGCCUCCCUCUCGUGACGUUUCGCGCACACGACCGAUUGACACAAAGAAGAGGGUAGGGACGGGUCAAGGGAGCCUUUUGACCGUCGGCAGCCCAGUUGAUGACGAUUCUUCCGUUAAGGAUCAGCCUUAUGCGUCACGGAGAGCCAUGCGACACCAAGCAAGCGCGUUGAGUCUUCUGGGACGCAAGGAGAGUAAUAAGAGCGUGCCUGAGACGAGCAUGACGGAGACGAAUGCGUUUGGAGAGGUCGAAGGCCCCUUUUCACAGGAUACCGGCGCCCGCCCCGGUGUUGGGGACCGCCAACCGAGCGCAGCGACUCUCAGCGGAAAUGUGAAGGCCAAUCACUCAUACGAGGGGAACGACCCCAGUAUAUUGAAGAUGCUCGAUGCCAUGUACGUCAAUGUGUUCCCGCAUGACAUUGUCGAAUUCGGACCACUCGUCACGCCUGUCAGCCGCCGCGAGAUUGUCAACAAGACGACAGGACCCGGGGGCGAUGAGCCAUGGAGACCUACCGGACGGCUUGUGGCGACUUUUGGGGAGCAUGCGGGCGCCAUCAACCGUCUCAUCGCUUCCCCAGACCACGUCUUCUUCCUUACCGGCGGAGACGAUGGCACCGUUCGGGUCUGGGAUACGGCAAGGCUGGAGAAGAAUAUUACCAACCGCUCGAGGCAGAUUCACAAGCACGCGCCUGACGCGCACGUCCUCGCACUGUGUUUCGUGGAGAACACGCAUACCUUCAUCAGCUGCGCCAGCGACGGCAGUGUCCACGUUGUCAAGGUUGAGACAGUGGGCGCCGCCGGGGUUCUGCGAUAUCUGAAGCUGCGCCUGCUGCGCGAGUACCAGCUGCCGCAGGGCGAGCAUGCCGUGUGGUGUGAGCAUUUCAAGAUGGACGCCAGCUCAGUCUUGAUGCUGGCGACGAACAGAUCGAGAAUCCUGGCCAUUGACCUGCGGACCAUGUCGCUGCUGUAUGUGCUGGAGAACCCGGUACAUCACGGCACACCGACGUGCUUCUGCAUCGACCGCAAGCGUAACUGGCUCUGCGUCGGCACGUCGCACGGCGUCCUAGACUUGUGGGACCUGCGCUUCAAGAUGCGCCUCAAGGGCUGGGGCGUGCCGGGCAAGAGCGCCAUCCACCGCGUCUGCGUGCAUCCUAGUAAGGGCCGGGGCAAGUGGGUCUGCGUUGCGGGCGGUACGGGCCAGGGCGAAGUCACGGUGUGGGACCUCGAGCGCACAACAUGUCGCGAGAUCUACCGGGUCGGCGGCAGCAGCAAGGAGGCACUCAGGGGCUACGAGCCGUGGCAGGUCGACGAGGACAGGGCCGAGGGCAUGCUGGGCCGGUAUGCGACCAACAUCGAGCCGAGCGGCGGCGGCGGCGGCAGCCACGGCACAGCGGACGGCGGCGUGCGCGCCAUGGUCGCGGGCACGGCGGUCGGCGAAGACACACGCGACGUGCGGCACGCAUUCAUCGUGACGGGGGGCUCGGACAAGAAGUUGCGGUUCUGGGACCUCGCGCGCGUCGAGAACUCGACCGUCUACAGCGGGCUCACGGCCGAGGAACAGAGGCCCGUGUUCACGGCGUCUCAGCCGACGGCGGCGCUGACGGUCAAAACGGAGAGGAUCCCGCGUGCGGCGCCCACGGCACCCAAUGCCGGGGCCGGGCGUGAGAAGAACGGUGCGGGCGGCGGUGGCGGGCGCAGCUCGCGGUCCACGGUCGUUUCGGUCCAGCAGCAGCAGCUCCUCAAGGCGCAUCUCGACUCGGUUACGGACGUGGCCGUGUUGGAGAUGCCCUAUUGCAUGACGGUGUCUACUGAUCGGUCUGGUGUCGUGUUCAUCUUCUCAUGA